UUUUGUAUAAAAUGCGUCAGGAUGAUGGCGAAAGGACAGUUUCAAUUCAGUAUUUGAUAUAAAAAUAUUCCAUCAAACAAACAAACAAAUAAAACAUGAAUUUCCUUGUUGUUUUUGUUUUUACUUUCGUUGCUUUUGCAAAUGCUGCUGAUGUUUUCAGUCCACAAUUUAGGGAAAAACUAAUCCAAAGAGUGCAAGAAGUUGGAAUGAAAUGCGCUGAGCAAGAAAAAGCCAAUGGCGAUGACAUUGGGCAAUUAAUGGCAAGGCAAAAUCCGACCAGAAAAGAAGGCAAAUGUUUAAUUGCGUGUUUCAAUCAAGCAUUUGGUGCUCAAGACAAAGAUGGUAAAUUCACGAAAGAAGGAAUUGCCAAGUCACUGGAACCAUUCAAGAAAGAAAACGAAGGUGUAUACAAUACCCUGGUCAAAUUGAUGGAUGAUUGCUUCAAAGAAGUAAAAUCUGCUGAUCGUUGUGAAGCCGCAGCUGAAAUGGGCGCUUGUUUCAACAAAAAUGCUGACAAAGCCGGUUUGAAAGCGGACAUGGUUCUAUAAUUUCACGGAAUAGAAGAUAACUCGGUAUUGAACAAUGAAUUGUAUAAACUAAUAAAGCAAUAUAAUAAAUUUUGACCGUUAAAGAA